AAACAUAUUCUUACAAGCAGACAAAAAAUGGACAGAACUUCGGAUGAAGCCUUGCAUUGCUGUAAAGUCCCUAUAUUUAAUGGACAACGUACAUCUUUGGAAGACGGACCAAAUUACCUGCCAUUUUCCAAAAAGUAUCUUAGAUCUUUUGAUCUGUUCUCUUCAAUUGAAAAGACAGCAGAUAUAACUUCCGACGGAAACGAAGAUACAACCAAUUUAACCUUCAGGCCAAGAGUAAAUUCGUUUCCACAGACUUCCAAAUCUAGAAAUAAUAAACAACAUACAAUUUCUGACGAAGUUAGUAGGCUAGGAUUAACUGCUGAAUCAGUGUAUAAUGAUAUCAAAUCUGAAAUUGACGAAAAUGAAAGUUAUUUGGACGAAAAUAACGAGAGUCGUUUUUCCACCGGAUAUACAGGAAGUAAAUUAUUAAAAGAUGUCCAAAAUGUAACAAAAUAUUCAGGUUCAAGAGGAGACAAUUAUUUCAGAGAGAAAACUGCAGAGGAAAUUAAAAAAGACAGUAUAGGCAGACGGCUUAAUGAAUUUGGACACUUCGAUAUAUUAGAUUUAAAUAACAUAGCCGAUAUUCCAGGCAAAUCAUCUACUAGCACAGCAUUGCAAAAAGCGAAAGAUUGUAAUAGAUAUCAAGAUACCUUAGGAUUAUUGUGGUUGAAUGAAGACACAUUAUCUUUCAGCUCACCAGAAAUGGUGGAUGGACAAGUUAAAACAAAUAGUUCAGAAUCAGGGUGGUCAAGUGAUCCUGGUGAUCGACAGAAAAUAAGACAUAAAAAAAGGCUAUCAAAGAAAAGUGCGCAGAAUCAAAUCGCAGGGGAACGUUCUAACAUUGACGAUAACAAAUCUUUUCAAGUUCAUCCUGAAAAUAAACAGAGUACAAUUGGCAUUGAAGGCCAAAUAGUGACAAUAAAACAUUCUUUAAACACAGCUGAGACUAACAACUCAUCUGAAGACCAGAACAUAUCAAAUGUGAAAACUUUGAAAAAUAAGACAAAUUCAGGAUCGAAGCACGUGACAGCCGAACAUUACGAUAGUGGGGAAGAGGAUAUUCAUGAACACGCUUCUUUUCAGAAACAAACUUUACAAUGGGUCACGACUAGCAAGGUCCGACAAACUGGACGUGAACAAAACAUGCUUUCUCAGCCAACCUUUUGAUGUGUUUUCAAUAAUGUUCCGAGUAGGUUUAUCAUUUGACAUUGAUUUGUUCAUGUUAAAGAGUUAUUUAUUGUUACUUCCAUAACUUCGAGAAGAUUCGUCGUUGUGUUUUGUAAAAAUGAGUGGGAGAACAUUUUAUGGCGUUUCUUAAUUUUCUGUUCUGUAAUUGUACGAAUACCAGCUUUAUAAUGAUGCAAUUGUCAUAAUGCAUGCUGUCAUUAUUUCCCCAUAGAUUGUUCUGAAUGUUCCAUAUUAUUGUUGAGGUUUUUAUUAUUUGUUAAACACCACAUAGUUUGUAUUGACACAAACUCACUUUACUUUCAAUAAGCGCAGUGUUUAUCAUUCUGGAGUCCUAUUAAACAGCUGGAGUAAAUCAAAGUUGUUUAGUUAGAUAUUUCUUAUUUUUAAAUACUUCUGUAAUACAAACCAUUGAGGCAACCAGUUUGUUUAAUCACAAAUAAAAUAAAAUAGAAUAAAAUAAAAACAAUUUGCAUGCAUGUAAAUCAUUUUCGAUUUUAAGCUUUCCUUAAAUAGUUCAACGUUUAACUUGUACACAUGUGCAUUGGAGGUGGUUAAACUAUAUUUAUGUUUAUUAUUUAUCAUUGCAAUUUGGUCUGGUACUCUCUCAUUUUGUAAAUA